AUGAGUCGAUUAUAUGAUACUGUGGAGCCAACAGUGAUUGAUAAACAGCUGCUACACGAUGCUGUAUUCGCAUUACUUAGGAAAGGUGAUGUAGGUGAACUAGCAAAACAGGAUGGAAUUAAUUUUGAGAAUGUUUUACACCUUCGACUGGAUUAUAAAAAUAUUUUAAAGAUUGAUAAUUUAUGGUCAUUCAAAUUAUUAGUAAAAUUACAACUUGAUAACAAUAUCAUUGAACGCAUUGAAGGUAUUGAUCAUUUAUCACAUCUUCGCUGGCUUGACUUGUCAUUCAAUAAUAUUGAAAAAAUUGAAGGUCUACAAAAUCUAGUAAAUUUAGAAGACUUAACAUUAUACAACAAUCGAAUAACUUCAUUAGAAAAUAUGGAAAGUUUAAAAAAAUUGCAAGUAUUCUCAGUUGGUAAUAACAAUAUCACUGAAUUAACAAAUAUAAAAUAUCUCAGACAAUUUCAAAACCUACAGUCUCUGUGUCUACGUGGUAAUCCUGCAAGUGAACUUAAAGAAUAUAAGUUGUAUACACAUGCUAUGCUACCUAAUCUGCUCUAUCUGGAUUACGAAAGAACUAACGAGAGUCUAAAAAAUGAAGCAUACGAAAAAUAUCAAUUAGAAGUAGAUGAACUUGUUAGUGAAGAAGAAGCCAAACUGAAAUUGGAAAACGAGAAUGCUGAAUAUGAGGCUAAACGACAAUUACACAGACAAGCUUUUGUCGAAGGAAUGGACGAUGAUAAUAUUUUUCAUCAGUUAUUUAUUGAUGAUCCAGAUGGAAGAGAACUUUUGGCAUUACCUGAAUUAUAUAACAAAAAAUUUACCCAUCAAUGUAAAUUGGUAUUUGAACUUGGCAUGAAGGAAUAUUAUAAACGUAAUAAAGAGAUAGAAGCAUUUUGUAAUUGCAUUGAAGAGGCGAAACUAUUGAAUGCUGAAUCAAGUAAAGAGAAGAUAAAUGAAUUUAAGAAUUAUCAGGACAAAGUAUUCAAGGAUUUACUAGAAACUGCUGAUGCUGUCAAAGCUGAAGAUGACAUUUUAGAUUACAAUGAAAAUGUUCAAAAAUUAUGGAGUCAACUAAUGAGGAAUGAAUCAAUUUUAGUUGAACAAAUUGAUGAAUUAAUUAAUGAAUUUGAAUUAAACCUUAAUGACAUGAUAAAUACAUUUAUUGAAAAUGUUGAAGGACAUUUUACAGAAUGUCGAGAGUUACAGUCUCAGUAUCAUGAAAGAUUAACGGAUAUAUGCCCAAGUAUUCUUGAACGAUUUAUGCGUAAUGAUUUCCAAACAGAACCUUCAGAUGCAUUGAUUGCGAUUUUUAUUGAUAAAGAAAGUGUGACAAAUGCGCUGACUGCUAGUAAUGACGCUCAUUUGCUUAAAAUUGAUGAAUUCGCCGAUAGUAUUGGUGAUAAGGCGAGAAAAUGGGUGAAAGAAACAAUAAAUUCAAUAUACUCUGACGAAAAAUAUAACCGUAAUAGAGCUCGAGUGAUGGAGAUUAACCAUUAUAUAGACACACUGAGAAAUGAUGUAGAAAAUCUAGACAUACCUGCAUUUGGUGAAUCAUAA